GGCGGGGUUGAAAGCAGUUCAUCAGGUUUGGUCGUCUGCCCGCGGCGGUUAGCAGGCGGCAGCGGAUUCGGCUGUGGCGGCGGCGGCGACGGCAGCAGCAGGGGGUGGGAGAUUAAACAAAAGGACAGGAUGACCCGUGGUAAUCAACGAGAACUUGCUCGUCAGAAAAAUGCAAAAAAAUCAAAUGAGCAAAGUAAACGGAAAAGAAAGGAUGAUGGUUUAUCUGCUGCAGCCAGAAAGCAGAGGGAUGCUGAAAUAAUGCAGCAGAAACAAAGAGCAAACACAAAUUCUGCAGGAGCUAAUGCAGGAACUUCAAAUUAACGCCCACACCCAUGGAAAUUUGUGAUAUUUUCUUUAUGGGCACAUCAUCACGUUUUGAGAUCCUGCAUGGUCAAUGUCUCAAUUGCUUCGAUGCUAAUGCUUUUCUUGCUUAACAGUGUAAAGUAAGUACCAUAAGUAGGAUUGGUUGAAUUGUUGGAAUACCUCAAAUCAGAACUAUACAGUGGGUCACCCUGCUCAGCAAAAGGCCUGAUAGUGAAGAAUGCAUCUUUGUCAGAGAACUUUUGGAUUUUUUUGGGGAUGAGGUGGUGAUCAAACAGCACCUGUUAAGUGUCAGCCCAAGAAUUUCAGUUGGUGCUCUCUUUCUUGCAGUCCUCAUAGUGACCUGACACACUAUUGUUCACUUCCAAGGCUGUAUUUGAAAAUCUAUGUUGCUUUAUUUUCACAGUACUUCCCUGCCUGUUGCCAUUUUACCCUGGUAUUAAAAAUGUGUUCAACUGAAUUAUUGAUAUCAUCACUAAAUUAUGAAAAUUAGGAUCUUGCAGCAAUAUUCAGGAUCUCAAUUUUUGCAGCACAAACAUCAGGCAUUCUUGUUCUGGGCAGGGAUCCGAAGAGCAGAUCUGGAUAUUACUCAGAGCAACCUAGGAAAGUCCUUUUGCACCCAGACUUGCAAUAUUGGCAAUCAUCUGCAGGAUGCCUGAAACUUGCUGGUGAACAAGUAGUGUGGGUCAGACCUUCUGCAAAACCAAUGAAUCGCAGUUAAUACAAGUGUUCUUUUCUUCUAUGGCUCAUAAAAUGUUUAAACUCUGUGCUUUUCUUAAAAAGAAAAAAAAAUAUCAUUGAAACUGCUAACAUUUUGAAUGAGCAGCUGUCAAAUAUUUUGGGUGGAUAAUUCUUCUAGGAUGGUCAUUCUGUUAAUACACAAUUUCCAAAGAUGGCAAAGAUUUAUACUGGAGCCAAAGAGUUAAUGCUCUUCUCCAUUGUAUAACUGCCAUCAUACCAAAAUAGAGUGCCACCACUCCUAUUUUCCUGUGUUGUACAACUGUACUCCACCAGUUGAUUCAGUUGCACAUUUAAUAAGUGGGGGCUUGCUCGCAGGAAAGCAACCUGUUUCAAGGUGCAACAAUUUGAAAUUCGAGCCCAGUAAGUUUGUGCAUUUCCCCAGCAUCUACCCUGAAAUCUAUAUUUCUCGUGAGCAACUUUUUUACUUUUGCUUUAUUCCAAGUUUUUACUAAUCCCUCCUAAUGUCUGCUCUGUCUGGAUGCUGACUGUUUAACCCUUCUGUGAAGUAUCUUGUGCCCUUAUUUUUAAAAUGUGAAUAAAUGCAAGUUGUUUCUUAUGAACCUCCCUUUUGUUAAUCUGUCAUGCUCUGAAUUGCUAUCUCACAGCACUAAACUGUAAAUUCACAACCGGCAGAGCUAUCUAGCUGAGCAAUUCUCUCUUAAAUUUCAGAAUUUGCAUUGGUGACACCAUAAGACCAUUGAUCAUUGAUGUGUUUUUCACCUCCAUUUUCCUGCCUUCUCUCUGUAUCCCUUGAUCCCCUUACUAAUCCAAGAACCUACCUGUCUUAAAUAUAUUCAAUGACUUGGCCUCUACAACCUUCUGUGGCAACUAGUUCCACGAAUUAGCCACUCACUAGCUGAAGAAAUUCCUCAUCUCAGUUCUUGAGGGUUGUCCAUUCAUUCUGAGGCUGUGCCAUCAGGUCGAAGUCUUUCCUAGUGGAAACAACAUCUUCAUAUCCACUCCAUCCAGUUCUCUGUAUUCUUCUAUAAAGUUCAAUGAAAUCCCCUUGCUCAUCCUUCUAUACUUUGAGUACAAACCUAAAGUUCUCAACUGAUCUUCAUCUGAUAAGCCUUUCACCCUGGGAUCAUUCUUGUAAACCUCUUCCACAACACCUGUUCUUACAGGGCCCAAAACUGUCAAUAUUCCAAAUGUAGUCUGACCUGAGCCUUGUAUGGUCUGGGCAGCACAUCUGUUGUAUUCUAGUCUUGAAAUGAAUGUCAAUAUUGCAUUUGCUUUUCCAACUGAACCUGAUUGUUAACCUUAAGAUUGCAAACUGUGACUCCAAAUCAUUUUUGGCUUCGGAUUUCCAAAGCCUUUCACUGCUGGAAAAUUAGACUAUUCCUGUUCUUUCUCCCAAAGUGCGUAACCUCAUGCUUUCCAGUGUUGUACUUCAUCUACCACUUUUUUGCCCAUUUGCUUAGCAUGCCCAAGUCCUUCUACAGCCUCUCAGCUUCCUCAACACCACCUGUCCCUCAACCUGUCUGUCCUCUGCACACUUAGCCACAGUACCCUCCAUUGCCUUGUCCAGAUAGUCAUUGUAUAACACAAAUAAUUUAUAGCCCCAACACUGAUGCCUGUGGAACUCCACUAAUCGCCAAUGGCCAUCAUACCAAAACAGAAUGCCACCCCUCCCAUUUUCCUGUGUUGUACAACUGUACUUCAUUGUGCAGUAUUUUCUACUCCAUUUUACUUUUAAUGUUUCUGCAUUAAAGUCGACCUAUACUUUUUUACUUGGAUGUUAAAUUAACUAAAACUCAACAGGUUAAUUCCAAUCUGAUGAAUUGUCACUUUGAAACAUGUCACCCUUCUGCGAUAGGGUUAACCCUAUCGCAGGUGUGCCUCAUACUGAUUCAGAACUUUUGAGGGUUUUGUGGUUAGUAACACUCAAGCACAUUCACUGUUCUUGGUGGAUUUGGAAGUUGAUACCAAAUGGUUGUUGAACUGUUGGAGUGCAUCUUUUAGGCAGUGAUAGCUGUAUGCAUCAACUACAGUGAAUGGGGUGCCCAUCCACCAAGGUAUUUUGCCUUGGAUGGUGUUGAGUUGCUUAAUUAUUGGAGCUACACUUCUUUCAGACAAAGUAUACUACUACACUCAUACAUUUUGUUGGGCAGAUGUUGGUUAGUUCGGUCCCAGUCUCUGACCUGCUGUUGUGCUAUUUGUUUAUAUAGCUGAUGUUAUCCAAUUUUCUGGCUGAUGGUAACUCCUAGGAUGUUGGUGCCUGGAGAUUGUGGUAAUGUUGAGCUGCAAGGAUAAAUAUUUGUCAUUUUAUAUUUAAAAUUUGGGAUAUAGCAUGUUUGUUGACCAUGAUCUGCUUGUUGGCAUUUAUUUCACAUCAUUGACAUUGGAGAUUUUUGAUAAAAGGAAGAGCUUGAAAAGCUGCAUUUAGCUGCUUGGAUCAUACUUAAGCAGUAGCUGCUUUGGUCCUGACCUUUGUAGGAAUUCCUACGUUCAUACUGUCUGUUUAACUUGCCGCUGCUUUUGCCUUCAAGUUCUCCAGGAAGUGAUAUCAAUGAUUGACAAUAAAGGUGAUAGUCUAUGUAAUUUUAAAAAAUAGUGUAAGUAUCAUUAAAUUGUUGAUAAAUUAAAAUGGAAAGUGAUUGGUACUUGAGUUUUCUUAAUUUUAAUGCAAGAAAUGGAAUGGUGCAUUCUUUCUUUAUAUGGACUUGUAACAAAAUACACACUAAAAAGUUUAAGCAAAAGUUUUGCACAGCCCACUCUUGAGUGGGGACAUUGCUAGCAGUAGCAGGUAGUUGUUGAGCAAUUAGCAUUAUGAUCCUGUCUGGGUGGUUUUAGAGUUGAGAAAUUUUGAAUUACGGCCCUUCUUUUUGCCUUUGAAAGUCAGAUGAAAGUGUGAUCAUGACUGUCUGAUUUUCUUUUCCUGUUUUAAUAUUCUUGAUUUUCAUGCCCACUACAAAAAUACCAUUGGUGCAACUUGCAGCAAAGACUAUUUGGACUAAUCAAUUACGGCAGCAGCAUGUUUCUCUCACGUGCUUCUACUUUGAUUCAAAGGGAAGACAGGCAUUAAGUAUAUAAAGCCUAUUGAAUAUAAAUUAAUUGAGUUUUCAUGUUUAUAGAAAAUGGAGUGUCAGUUUUUGUAUAAAAAUAACUUUAGGAAGCUCUUUUGGCAUGAUUUUGUGCUGGCUUUUCUGCCUGACAGAACUUGAAACCAAGCAGAGGCCAAUCAGUUUCAGCAGUGAGGAAAAUACUGAUCAGUUUCAAUGUGAGUUACUUGUGCUACUUCUCCACAGGAAACAAUAAUCUUUAGAGAACAAUGCAAGUUGGUGACUGGAAUGCAGCAGUGCUUUAGAGUCUAAAAAGGCUGGUCACAGCAGAUAGAUGUUACUUCAUCAUAGAAAUAAGAGCCAAUGUUUCAAAACAUAAGUAAAAGGCAACACUGCAAAAAGACUCAGCAGGUCUGACAGCACUUGUGGAAAGAACAAGUUUUGAGUGCAACAGCAUGAUUUUAAAAUGAAAGAAUGGUGGGGAAAGCUGAUAUGUGGCACAGAACAGCUGGCUAGUAGUAGUUUAGAAUGCAUUUUUAAUCAAGAACUCCCAAAUGGCCAGGUUUCUAGGGAAGGACAAAAGAAAUGCUUCUGAAACUUGCAAGAUGUGGAAUUGAUAUCAAUGACUAGGAAGAAAUUUCUAUCAAUUGGUCACAAUGACAACGACCCAUCAAGCUGCAUUGUUUUCAGUUGCGAUGUCUUAAUAUUGAGGUAGCAGAAGAAAAUUAGGUAAAUUUUGCACUCGAGCACACUGCCUCAUGGGACCUGCCCUCAUGCCCAAAUAUCUGAGAAUAUAGGAACAGGUGUAGGAUGUUCAGUUCCCUUGAGCCUGUUGUGCAAAGCUGAGGGGCAAAAAUUGGAUUAUUUAGUAACAUGAUACCAAUGGUGAAAACCUGUGUCUCUGAGCAUACAACAUCAUUGAAUUAAGAGAUAUUGAUAGGCCUGUAGAUAAUUUGUCUUACCAGCCUUUUCCUGUAAUCUUUGUUUCCUCAUUUUUUUUCUUUUCAGAACUUCCUGUAGCCCUGGUUCAUUCUUAUUAACCGUAUCAGUUAUAGACUCAUUAUACUAUCUUAUUUUCAUACAGCAUAGAAACAGACCCUUCGGUCCAACCAGUCCAUGUUGAACAUAACCACAAACUCAACUAGUUCCACCUGCCUGCUCCUGGCCCAUAUCCCUCCACACAUUUCCAGUGUCUGUUAAACAUUGUAAUUGUACCUACAUCCACCACUUCCAUAGGAAGUUCAUUCCACAUGUGAACCAUCCUCUGUACAAAAAAAUUCCCUCUUGUUGAAUUCUUUUCAUCGUGUUCUGAUUUUAAUUUCCCAAUCUUUAUCUUGAGUAUACUUCCAUUGUACUGGACUUAUUUGAUCCCAUUAAACAUAGCCCAAUCCUCUA